UACUUUUUCUUGUGUUAGUUUUAACAGUUUUGGCAUGUUAUUCACAAUAAUUUUUCAUUAAAAUCGAUUUCAUUUAACACAAAAAUGCUCGAUUAACUAUUAUUCCAAUAGUGAAUAAUUAAUUAUAAGUAAAAAAAUAAAAAUUCAAAAUUCAAUUGCAGAGACUUAAAUAUGGUUAAUUAAAAAAAUCACAAACGCGCAAAGCUCAUAGAUUUUCAGAUGGCAGCACAAGUGUGAUUCACAAAUGGGUUGGGCGUUGGAAAAAAGUUUUUCAGCGCGUUGUAACACCAAUUACAAUUAACGUAAUUCCUUUUUAUUAUUAAAAUUAUUUUAUAUGACUAAAUGACAAGAUGACAAAAGAGUGGCACGUGUUUCUGUUUGCCGUUUAUUUUUUGUGGCAAGUUACAGAUUCUUUUCAGGAAUGUCAAAUUCCGUCUGUCAUAAGGGGAUCAUGGUUCUCAUGGGAAAACGGUAGAAAUACUUUAACAGAAAUAAACGCCGAGAAAAUGACCAACCGCGGAAACUGUGUAGCUAUGCUUGAAGAAUUUCAUGUUAAUUACACAUUUGUAUUUCAAAAUGAGGAGUGCUAUCACUGCGUUAAAUUGCUUGUUAGAACAGUAAAUGUGCUAGAAAAACUUGAAGCGAGUUGUGUAAAUUUGCCUAAUGAUGUUCAACCUACUGUAGAAAAUGUAUGUAAAAGUAUCAGACCUAAUCAACAGUUGAUAACAUUAUUUUCUGAAAAUUAUGUUCCCGUGAACUGUAGAUCAUCUCUUGAAGGUGUUUGGCAAUUUGCUUAUCAGAACCGAUACAGAUUUACAGGAGAAUGUGAUCACCCAGAUGCGCAAAUUCGUUCUUGUCAAACUGCAGGAACACAAUUUUUAAUAACUAAUCAAAAAUUCAAUAUAACAUAUAAACAAUGUUCUGGUAUGAAGGAUACUUUUGAUGGAGUUGUUGAAUACAGCUGCCUGGGAGAUUGGUUUGUGGAUAAAAAUCACUUUUUCGCAGUUGCAAAUACAAAAGAAUCUAGGAAAGAUGAAAAAUACAGAUGUUUCUUAAAGAAUCGUGAUGAUGACCUCUAUAUUGGAGUUUCUAUUACAGCAGAGUGUAAUAAAUUGAAAACAGUUGAAAAAAGUCCUGAACGUUUAAGAGUAACACCUGUUAAAGCUGAGGUGAUUGAGCCAGGAUGUAGAUUACCAGAAGAUAUGACUGGGAAAUGGAUAAAUACAGCCAAUAUUGAUGCAGAUAUAUUCAUCAAUGAAACACACAUAAUUGAAACUUGGUAUCCUGACGAGGGCCGUUAUAGACGUACAAUUUACGUGUGCCGAGAAUCAAGAGAUACCAGAGUGAUGAUGGCAAGAUUAACUGUUGAUGGAUGUCAAAAAGAUUAUGUUUGUUUCGACUUCGUACGACGACACCAUAACAUUAUUCGAUAUCGGCGAGGUCUCGCUGUUAUUAAAGACGAUUUCCACACUGUUUGUUCUUGGGUACAAUUCCCUAACAAGGAAGCUUGGAAAUAUGACUUAUUUCUGGCGAAAGAUCCUGUACCAGUACGUUGUCCCGUGGCUGGAAAAUACAUGUUCCAACAAAAAGGAGACGUCCUGUUUGAAACUAGAAUUUUAGGUGGCGUUACGUUGUCUCCACGUCCAAAUAUCUAUUGCAAACAAAAUAUUUCAGAUUUUUCUGUAUGCGACACCGAUCAAAAAGAAAUCGCCAUUGAUGAAACAUAUUGCUUGUCAGUUGAUCAUUUAGGAAGACCUGUAGAUAUUUACAGUUUGCCAGAUUAUAAAAUGAAAUGUAUUGGAUUUUGGAAAGAAAAUUUGAAAUCAUACUUGAUAACUUACGACGAGUUGGAUCCUUUCAGUAAAUACCGUUGUUGGGUAUAUCAAAGGGCUGAUUUAAAUAAAGUCCUUAUGUCUCAAGCUAUUGGUCCAUUCUGUGAUCUUAAGCAAGACGUCACUAGUAGUAAUUAUACUGAAGGUGCUGCAGUUGCAUUGGAGAUGCAGGAAUAUGAAAGAGAACGUGAUCAAUGCCCGAUGUAUUUUGACGAUGGCAGUAAUCCUUGGAAAGUAACAGAGAAUUAUAUAAAGAUAUUUCAUUAUGGCAACGGAGGUACAACAAUUUCGUAUUUUUAUCCGUCCAUUAUAACUAGUGUUGUAUUAUUACUUGGAUCACAAUUUUAGACAGUAACUUUUUUAAACUUUUAAUAUAUAAAUUCCGUCCAUUUUAUGUAUAUACACUGUUAGAUUUGUAUAUUGCAAUUUAUACAAUGCACAUGUGUCAUAUAUUACAUGUUAUGAACAAAUUUAUUGUAUAGCAUGAUGUUGUUACAAUGUAAAACAUUUUGAGAAGUCUGCCUUAUACAUAUGCCUACAUAUUUUACUAUUGACUAGUACGUUUGUUAAUGUAAAACAAACGUUGUAAUAAGAUUAUAAGAUUCAGUAGUCCAUCCAUUUUAGGAUUAGAGAUUUGAUAUUUAUAUUUUUUUAUAAAUACUUGCAAUAAAGUACAAUUUUACACAAAAGUAAAUGUUAACUUUAAUAUUAUUAUAAUUAUUUAUGUUUACAGUAUGUAUGUAUAAAUAAAAUGCUAAUAAACGAACACAUGCACC